AUACCGAAUUGUAGAAAUAAGGAAACAAUUGCAAAUUAUCACCGAGUAGAUCUAAGUACUUAGCAAGUUGUGUUCGUCAUGAGAAGACCAGGAUUUAGACUGAUCGCAGUAGCAGAGAAAUACUCUCUUGAGGCAAAGCAGUGGUAUACUCUCUUGGCAGUUAAAUACACGUUAUAUUGAUUUCCUGGGCGGUCAGAUACAAUGCCGUAUUUCAGGCUGCAAAACCCGAUACCGCUGAAAAAGGCUGACGAUUAUCUCAACGAACUGUUCUUGAAUGCAGCCAAGAAUGGUGACAUCGAGAGGGUUCAGAACUUUCUCGCUCGCACAUCGAGAAAUUCGUCAGUGAAUGUUGAUGUAAAAGAUAGAGAAGAAGGUUUCACCGCUAUUAUGCUUGCAGCCAUGAACGCACACGAAAAGGUGGUGUCGCUGUUGUUAAACUAUGGAGCAGACAUCACUUUACAUAACAAGAAAGGGGAGACAGUGCUUGAUGUUGCAACUGAUUCUAUGAGACCACUCCUGCUGGGUUCUGUGGCAAGGCAAGGAUAUUCCUCUCGCCAUUUACUGCAAGCAGCUUGGCAAGGAAAUUUUCAACUUGUCAAGAAAUUGCUGUCAUCUAAGGCUGAGCUGGAUGUAAACUGCAAGAAUGCUGAUGGAUUGACACCUCUUUUGCUUGUCACUAGAGAUAUAAAUCUCUUUGAAAAAAUUGAAAAGGCUGUUAUGGAGAAUUCCUAUCACCCAGUUGAAGUUGUCAGGGAACUGAUAGCCCACAAUGCAGAUUGUGGAGCCAGAGAUAGUGAAGGUAAAAGACCUCUUCAUUUUGCUGCCCACGGAAAAGGAAGCCAUGCUCAGGGUGUCAUUAAUGUCCUGAUACAGGAGGGAGCCAGUGAGAUUGAUGUACCAGAUAGAUUCAGCUACUCCCCCCUGCACUGGGCAACAAAAGUGGACAAUCAGCCCAUUUUGCUGGCCCUGAUUGAAGGGGGUGCCAAUGUCAAUGCCAAGGGACAUGUUGGAAAGACUCCUCUUCACAUAGCUGCUUCACAUGGAUUUGAGCAAGUCUCUGAUACCCUUCUAUAUCAUGGAGCUGAUGUUACCAUCACAGAUGAUAAUGGACUUUCUCCUGUUGAUGUAGCCAAAGGUAAAAGAGUGAAACAGGCUCUAAAAGAGGCGUGGGCAGGGCAAACCCAUGGAAAUAAAAACCACUUGCAGCGGAUCUAUUCAGCUCCGGCCCCACCUAAGAAUGAACAAGAGUCAGCUCCAACCAAACUUGACACCACUGAACAGAAGAAAAGCAAUCUUUUAAGUGCUGAUUUAAUUUCUCGAGUCAACACUGCGCCUUCACAAGGAAAAGAGCGAAAACUGAAGAAAAGGUCACAGGGUUCCUUAGAGGAGAUUUCUGUACCUGAAGAAAGAACAAGCCAUCCCGUAUCACGAAAAGCGUCUGACCUGCGCAUGCCUAAAAUUCCGUCGGCUCUAAAACCCGAGUUAUCCCCCAGUUCCAGGGCCAGCUCUGGGUUGAUUGGUAGAGGGAAGCUUGUUAAACAAGAGUUUACAGGAUUAAAAGACGAACGAUCUUCAGAAGCACUGCGGCCAGUCGUAUCAGUUCUCAACAUUGAACUGAAAAAUGUCAGAAACUUGCGUAAUGCAAAACCAGUGAUACGUAAGAGAAAGACAUCACUUCAGUCACCAGUUCCUCCCAGCUAUCGCUUACAUCAUCGACUGUCGAGCCCAGUCCUCUCAUAUCAACGAAAGUUAUCACCGCCUGGAACGCCUGGCAAUGAAGCGCGUCUUCGAUCGUCCUCUGAAAGCCAGGUGCCAAGUUCUAGAUUGGCGCUGCCCUCACGAGUGCCUCCACUUGGAGGGAAAAGAGCCCUGACACCAGAACUUCGAUCCAUUGCGACGCCAGAAAUGGUCAUAGAGAACAUGACUUUAACACCGGAGGUCAUCGAUCUGGAUCUGCUCACAAAACAAAGCCUAAACAAUGACAAAGCUUCAUCAUUAGUUUUUUCCGGGGUGAGAGAAGUCACACCACCUCCUCCGUCCCCGCGUAGUGUGUCAUGCAAUAGUCAAGAGGACGUUGAACUGGAAUCCGACACAACGAAAAAAGAUAACGAAUCAGUUAUGACACGAACGUUUGAAUCAGAUUCACGCCCUACGUUUUGGAUUCCCGUGGAUGGAAGUAGCGCGGAAAAGAAUGGACCAACCAGUGCUCCAACAGUUGGAGAAUCGUCAUCAAAUGGGACAAAAUUUUACAUCGAUCUUACUAACUUAGAAGCUUUAGCCACAGGCCAGUGCUCACUAUGUGGAGAUUCUGUUACCGAAACAACCAAAUCAAAAAGAGGGUCUGUCUCAUCUAACGCUGACAAAGAAAUUUGUGAAUCGUGCCAACCACGCCGCCGUUCAAGUGAAGAUGUUUUCUGGAUCCCAUUUACCGACAAAAGAAAAGCUUCUGCUUUGAAAAAUUUGAGUGGAAUGGAAAAUGGACUUCGAGAUGGUGCCUCGAUAACGAAUGGGAGGAAAAAUUCUAAAGAUAGGAUCACCGAGCGAAGCAAUGGAGAACCUCAUCCUCAGAGCGAACAAUCUGAUGUGAGUUCUUCUGUUAUGGAGGGCGGCGAUAGCAAAGCUCCUGUUCUAAGCAAAUCUGUCCUUCCUUCUUCCUCGGACAUGACAGGUUAUGAUGUCUCUUGUGUUUGUGACAAUAACACUGGCUGGUGCUCGUGUACAAUUGUAAAGAAAGACGUGUCUUCUCCUUCAACUGAUAACACUUUGAACAAAGCAAGUGGUGCUACAGGCGUCGUUAAGACAAUAGGCGAGACAAGUUCUUUGGUAGAAUCUACCCUAGUUUCUCGGCCAGCGAAUGAGUACGCCUCUUCUCCACGUGCAUCUUCCUAUUCCAAAAGUCAAUCAUCAGCGAGAAACGGAACUGACAUUGUUCUUAAAUCGUUUUCCGAAAAUGAUAUUUCUAAUCACUUGCCUGUGGAAAGCACAGUUAAACCAACACUGAAAAAUUUCGAAGAAAACGAAAAGCACCUGGUCGAAGCUCAUCAAAACGUGCCAGGUCAAGCCGUAAAACAGCCGUUCGUGCGAGAGACCAACCCAGACAACGACCGCGAUGGUACAAUUUCCAAGGCACCUGUAGAACCUAGUCCGCCGAAACAUGCAUGGGCAACACCCAGAGUAGAAGAACCUGGUUCGAGUGGUGUUAAAAUCACAAACCCUUUCCCAUCACCUGUGCCACCCGUGGACAAAUCCGCUGUACAUCCCCCGAUUGGCCCCGUGGACGACAACAGGAUGGGGAAUAAAAAACACACAUUGGGUAAAAAAGGAAAGAAAUGUGGAGGAAAAACAGGGAGUACUUGCAAAACUAAGCCUAGGACGAAGAGCAAAGUACCCGAACAAAACAUUAAAGGCGGUAAAAAGAAAGGAAAGGCUAAAAAGAAAAGUGACAUUAAAAUGGUCACAGUGCAGCAAAGGGACGCCCAGGAGGAACUCGGGCUAAGGACGAUAUCCCAGGGAGGUUUGGACGUAGCCGAGGAAUCCAUGGACUAUCUGUCCACCUUCCGCCCUUUCAGCAUGUUUAAAGGAAAACAUCCAAUUCUUAGCCCAAUACCAGAGUCGCCUCGAAGUACACUGGUUACUCCUCAGAACACAGAGGGUACCGCACAAGUCGUUGCCUCUCAGCAGCAAAUCGAAAAGGGCCCUGAUGUGGCGGUUAUAGGAGCUGGGAAGGAUUCUGCGGGAAUGGUGGAAGAAGGUGGAUUCGAUGUUGUGGACGGUGGAAUGUUUAGUAGUUUGAUUGGGAUGUGUGUCCCUCGGCUUAGGUUUGGGAAAUCCGACGUGGUUUCUGAUUCGGGAUCCGAUGCAGAGAGUACUGAAGCUCUUGUUACACAACCUCGAGGUGGCAGGGUUACGAAGCAGCCACAUGAUUUUGCGGAAGAAGGUAUUGCAAGAGAUACAGAGAGUGUUGUGGGUGUGAAAGGAGUUGGUGCGAAACAUCAGGUUGUGCAAGAUGAAGCUGACGACGCUAUGGAGGCCAUUGUUAAACGCGAGCUUAGUUUGGAAGAGCAAAGAGAAAGUGGUAGGACAGAUUCAGUGGAUCAGACUUCUGUUUCGCACAAUCAAACUACUAAGAACUUCUCGCCAGAUGAGACGUUUCGUGCAGCGUCUAAUUUAUCACAAAUCAGUACCGGGGAAGAAUCACUUUUGAGUUACCGGUAUUCCAGAGACUUCCCUUCUAAGAUAUUAGGCGAGUCAGAUUUACCGAGUGAAGAGCGGACAUCUUCGGAAGCGAGUUCAUUCUCCGAGCAGUACUCGGAUACGGACUCGUCGUACAACAGCUUGGGAUCGGCCUCACCUCGGCCUCUUUCUCCGGCCUCUUCGCUGAACAGUAGCGAUACAUACUUCUCUUCGCCACGUGACUCUUCGUGUCCCGAAACACCGACUCCGGAACGAGAAAUGCGCUCGGAAAAUUCGGUAGAAAUUGAUUACUACGAACAAGUGGCGAGAGAGAAGUCAUCCAUCAGCAGCAGUAGUAGCAGUAGUUCUACAAUUCGCACUCGGUCUAACAUCUCGCUUGGAAGUUUGGGUAACAUUUCCCAGGGCUCCAUGGGAAGUUUCGCUCCUUCAAUCCCUGAAAACGUGGUGCGAAGUCGACUCAGUGCGUCGUCUCGUAGCCAGUCCUCCACAAGCUGUGAAGAGGAGAUAGUUUGGAAGAAGGGCAACAUACUUGGAAAAGGCGCGUUUGGAACGGUUUGGUGCGGACUCACCAACACAGGAGAAAUGAUCGCUGUCAAACAAGUGGAGCUCAACCACAGCAAUUUUGACGAGGCUGAAGAACAAUACGAGAAACUCCAAGAAGAAGUGUCAUUGUUGAAAUCGUUACAACACGAAAACAUCGUCAAGUUCAUUGGAACAUGUUUAGAUGGGGGUGUAGUAAAUAUCUUCAUGGAGUUCGUCCCAGGAGGGUCCAUUGCCUCCAUACUUGCACGAUUUGGUUGCCUUGACGAGCCCGUGUUUAGUCGUUACACGAAGCAGCUGCUGUCGGGCGUGUCUUAUCUCCAUAGAAACAACGUCAUUCAUAGAGAUAUCAAGGGUGGUAAUAUUCUUAUUAUGCCAAGCGGCGUCCUUAAGUUGAUCGACUUUGGUUGUGCCAAACGUCUUUACAUGAAUCUGAGCAUGAGUAGAAGUAACAUCCUUCGCUCCAUGAAGGGUACGCCAUAUUGGAUGGCACCUGAGGUUAUACGGGAGACUGGGCAUGGCCGUAAGUCUGAUAUCUGGAGUGUUGGUUGCACAGUCUUUGAAAUGGCAACUGGAAAACCUCCAUGGUCUGACAUGCCUCCCAUGGCAGCCAUCUUUGCAAUUGGAAGUGGUUCUUUAGCAGUGCCACAACUUAGUGAGGAUUUCUCAUCUGCUGCCCGAGACUUUGUCAGCAAGUGUCUCACGAGGGACCCAGAUUGGCGGCCUUCGGCCGAUGAGCUGCUGAAGCAUCACUUCCUGACGGACACCUCAUGAUAGGAGACGCGAGUAGAUGCACCUUGAUUUAUACCAUUGCAAGGAAAGGAACAAUAGAAACAUCGAAUGUAAAAUAUGCCAUUUGCAAAGCAGUACAUGGUUAAGAGUUACUGCUGUUCUUUUGCAAUAUCCGUAGUUCGUAUGCACACUACAGUGAAAUUUACAAUGAAUAAAUUUCUCUCCUUUUUCAAAAGGAUAAUGUAUCGUCUUCUCUGUGUAAAGCAGACACAAAAAAUG